AUGGGUCCUGGCAAGGCCGGAGGCUCGAAUGGGGUGCGCGUGAAGGGCGUGGGCACGCAGUCGUGGUGGCGGAGCUUCGUGCGGUCAAUUGGCCUCGGAAGCUUCCUCGGCGGCGGCCUGUGGGGAAGCAUUCCAGGGGGAUCCUUCGCCAGCUCGCUGAUUGGCGGCCGCAGCGCGCAUAACCCGUCUGGCCCCCAGAAGAAGCGCCAAUCGGGCAAGCCGCGCAUCAUGAUGCUCAUCUCGGACACCGGCGGUGGCCACCGCGCCUCAGCGCGCGCCGUCAAGGAGGCCAUCGAGUCGCUCUACGGCGCCAAGUACGACAUCUCGAUCGUGGACCUGUGGAAGAAGCACACCCCGUGGCCGUACGACCGCAUGCCGGACUCGUACAGCACCCUCGUGAAGUACCCGAUUCUCUGGCGGAUCUCCUUCAACCUCUUCAAGCCCAAGCUCACGCACAUCCCGUACCUCAACUUCAUGUCGCACGCCUGCCACAACUCCAUCGCCCAGGCCUUCGAGGAGUACGACCCGGACCUCGUCGUCAGCCUCCACCCGCUCAUGCAGCACGCCUGCAUCCAGAUCCUCGAGCGCAUGGAGCGCAAGACGGGCAAGCCGCGCCCGCGCUUCGCCACCGUCGUGACCGACCUCACGACCUGCCACCCGACCUGGUUCCACCCGCGCCUCGACCGCCUCUUCGUCGCCACCGAGUACUGCCGCGACCGCGCCAUCGAGUACGGCGUUGCUGAGGAGAAGAUCGUGGUGCACGGCCUGCCCAUCCGGCCCGCGUUCUCGAACCCGUCGGUGUCCAAGGAGAAGCUGAGGAAGCAGCUGAAGCUGAAGGAGGGCACGCCUGCGGUGCUGCUCGUCGGCGGCGGCGAGGGCAUGGGCCCCGUGGAGAAGACGGUGCGCGCGCUGGCCAAGCACGUCGGCGCCAAGUGUCAGGUCGUGGUGAUCUGCGGGCGCAACCAGGCGCUCGUGGACAAGCUCAGCGCCAUCGACUACCCCAAGGGCAUGAACGUCAUCGUCAACGGGUUCGUGUCGAACAUGGACGAGUGGAUGACGGCCUGCGACGCCAUCAUCACCAAGGCCGGCCCAGGCACCAUCGCGGAGGCGCUCGCCGUGGGCUGCCCGAUCCUGCUCAACGCGUUCGUGCCGUGCCAGGAGGAGGGCAACAUCCCGCACGUCGUCGAGAACGAGGUCGGCGACUUCGAGCCCAACUCGGACAAGGCGGCACAGGUCGUUGGCCGGUGGUUCACGGACCCGGAGAAGCUCGCGGAGCUGUCGCGGCGGGCCAAGGCGCUCGGGGCCCCGCAGGCGACGUUCAACAUCGCCCGGGACCUCAUCGCGAUGCUGUCGAUGUCGGCCGAGGAGCUGCGCGCGCCGAGCGGCACGCUGGCGAUGGCGGCGUGA